CCUCAGAUACCCGGCUUUCCUAGUUUCUAAUGUCGGUCCCACACUGUUCCUACACCUUUUGCGUAGCUCCACUAUUUCAGUUCUCACGUCCUUUGCUGUACGGCAUUAACACUAUUCGAAACAGGGCACCGCCCACUUCCUUCCCAUCCCAUCCUGGGCGCGGCCAUGUUAAUCCUCGGCUCCAGGGAUUCACCACCCGCAAAGUCUCGCGAAAGGCGAGUGAGGGGCUGCUCCAGUUUCCGUGGUUACUGGGAGAGUCCCACGGCCCCUGAAGUGGUGGGGGCAGGUCCUAGCUGUCAGCUGAGGGCCCACGAGAAGACGCAAGAGGUGGGAAGUUGAAGAGCCCGAUUUCAGAAAAGGAGGUUUCAGUCUUUGGCCGCGGUAUUGGGAGUUAGGGAUUCAUGUAUGAUCAGCGAUGGAGCGUUUGUAGCGGUCCGUAAUUUCCGGUCCUGUUGUGAUAGCUGCCCCUUCUGGAGAGCAACAGAAAAUGACUAAGUCCCAGGGGUUUGUGUCAUUCAAGGAUGUGACUGUGGACUUUACUCAGGAGGAGUGGCAGCAGCUGGACUCUGCUCAAAGGAACCUGUACAAGGAUGUGAUGCUGGAGAACUAUAGCAACCUUGUUGCAGUGGGGUAUCAGUCUCUGAAGUCAGAUAAAAUCUUCUUGUGGGAGCAAGGAGAGCCAUGGAUGGUGGAGGGAGAAAUCUCAAGUUGGGCUUAUCCAGCCUUUGAAAUUAGACCCAAAGUGAAAGAAUUAACUCCACAGAAGAUCAUUUCUGAAGAAAUGGUACUCCAUAACAUGAUAGGAUACUCAAUUUCUGAAGACGGGAAACUGAGAGGUGAUACAAAUCACCGGGAAAACCAAGACAAGUUUUUGAACCAAGUUGCAUUAGGUAAUAGUGAGUCACUGACUAAGGAGCUAAACCAUGAAUGUAAUACACUGGGGAAAGUGUUUCAUCUGAACACAGCUAAUGAGCACAUCAGAGCCUCCAUGCACAGGUCACACCUCUUUACACAACCACAAACUGUAACCAGUGAGAAACAUAAAUGUGUUCAGUGUGGAAAAGCUUUCACUGGAAAGUCAGGACUCACUGUUCAUCAAAGAAUUCAUACGGGGGAGAGACCAUACAAAUGCAAUGAAUGUGGAAAAGCCUUUACUCAGAAGUCACAACUCACUGUACAUCAGAGAACUCAUACAGGAGAGAAACCCCAUGAGUGUAGUGAAUGUGGGAAAGCAUUCAUCCAAAAGUCAAACUUCAUUAUUCAUCAGAGGAUUCACACAGGGGAGAAACCCUAUGAAUGCAGUGAAUGUGGGAAAGCUUUCAUAAAAAAGUCAGCACUUAGUGUACAUCAAAGAGCUCAUACUGGGGAGAAACCCUAUGAAUGCAAUGAAUGUGGGAAAACUUUUAUCAAAAAGUCAACACUCAGUGUACAUCAAAGAGCUCAUACUGGGGAAAAACCCUAUGAGUGCAAUGAAUGUGGUAAAGCCUUCAUCUGGCGGUCACAGCUCGUUGUUCAUCAGAGAAUUCAUACGGGGGAGAAACCCCAUCGGUGUAGUGAGUGUGGAAAAGCCUUCAACAGGAAGUCAGAACUAAGAUUACAUCACAGAACUCAUACCGGGGAGAAACCCUUUGAAUGUAAUGAAUGUAAAAAAGCCUUCAUUCAGAAGUCAGAUCUCAUUAUACAUCAGAGAACUCACACCGGGGACAAAAGAUAUCAAUGCAAUGAAUGUGGGAAAGCCUUCCUCCGGCGUUCUCAGUUCAUUGAACAUCAGAGGAUUCAUACUGGGGAGAAACCCUAUGAAUGCAGUGACUGCAGAAAAGCUUUUAUCCAGAAAUCACAACUCAUUGUGCAUCAGAGAAUCCAUACUGGGACUAAACCAUAUGAAUGCAGUGAGUGUGGAAAAGCCUUUAGCAAGAAGUCACAUCUCACUGUACAUUACAGAAUACAUACUGGAGAAAAACCCUAUGAAUGCAGUGAAUGUAGAAAAGCUUUCAGCAAGAAAUCGACUCUCACAGUACAUCAAAGAAUUCACAUUGAACAGGCACCCUUUCAACUGAAUGAGAAAACUUUAAUUCAGUGAUCAAAAUUUUAUUGCACAUCAUAGAACUUACAUGGCUAGAAAUUAUAUGAAUUUACAUGGGAAGCCUUCAUUAAUAGCUCCAGAAUUAUUAAGCACUACAAAAUUCAUACUAAGAAGCAAGCUUGAAAAAUCAUGUUUCAAAACAAAACACUGCUAUAUUGGACAUUUUGGUUCAGACCUAACAGUAAGAGUUUUUUAUAAUAUGCUAGAAAAAUCUCAAUUACAUAUAAUUGACUUGUUAACUAUAAAGGACAACUUUUUAAAAUGCAUAAGUAAACUGAAUAAUCAGGACAGCAAUGGGACAACCACGUGUAAUCAUCCUGCAAGUGAUGUAGGAAUGGCAUUCAAACCAAAAUUGUGUUAGUGGGAAGUGAAUGUGGAUAUUUACACCUGCCUGCCUUCACUCUAAAUGACAUAAUUUCCCCCACAUCUUAAAACACAAAGUGCAAAAGGAUAAACUGUGUCUGCAAAAGCAGUAUGGUUUGUUACUUAACAAGAAUAUAAAAAAGUAUUACAUAUAGAUCUUCCUCACUUUUUUGAUAUGUAUAGAAUAAAGAGGAUGAAAUCUAAGUAUUAGUAAAGACUUCAGUAGUCAGUGGUAGAUUUAAAACAAUAUUUAAAGCAUACAGGGAGAAGAAAGACACCAAACAACACAAGGCUGAAAGAAGUCAGCAGCGUGGCUGUGGGCAGUGUUGCCGUUCUCAACACAUGACAGACGUGGUUCUCCACAAGGAGUUCCUGUUCAUUCUCCUGUUUUCAACUCAGUAUAGCGUUUACAUAAGCACUGUUGUGUACACUUCAGGGUCUUUGUAUCCUUGUGAUGAUCAGAAAUUUUUAAAAGCUUCCUUUAUUGUACAUGUCUACCAUAUAAGCAUUCUACUAAGCAUUUUGACAUGCACUCUUUAAUCAUUGCAGCAAAUGUAUGAGACUGGCAUUAUCACCGUUUUAUAGACAAGGCAAGUGGAGCUUGGAUGUGUUCCCUGAUGCAGCAAAGGCCACGUGGCAGUGGAGAGUUGGAGUUCUGACCAACUUCUUAGCCCCUACAGUGUCCUGUCCUACUGGGGGCAUGGAGGACUGGGCGCCAUGUCACUUCACCUCCAGAUAGAAUUGAGUUGGUUUGAACAUCAUGUGGUUUUCUGUAUUCCGUUUCUACAUUUUGUUGAGUAAUUUAACAAGAAACGUGUUUUUAAAGGUUAUUAGAUUCCACUUUCUUAUUUGUGGAAUCUCUUGGGGCUACAGUGUUUUUGAGAGACUGGUUUAUGUGUAUCUGUUUUGCUGCCCUGUAAAUUUCCUUGUGACAGCCUAAGUAUUAGGAGUUAUACUGUCAUUUUUUAGUUUGUUUGGAAAAAAAUUAAGCCUGUUUUAUUGAGAUGUCAUUUUAUUAUCACAAAUAACUUCUUUAAUUUUCAUAUUCUGUCAUUAUUCAAUGUAUGCUUUCCUUUUACAAACAGUAACCUAAUCUUAUAUGUUUAUAAAUAUUUAUUGUCAAAUAAUAUUAUGAAAAGAGGGAUUAUUAUAAAAAAUACUCUUAUGUCUAUUUUUUAGUUAAUUAAUUUAUUUUUACAGACAUGG